GGGCGGGAGCGGGGAGGCGGGGCGGAGGCGGGGCGUGGGGCUGGUGGAGGCUGUGGUGGGUAGGUGGGUUCAGACCGAGGGGACUACGGGUCGGCGUUGGGUUCACUGGGCUCGAACAAAGGACGAUCCGGUAGAGACGCGGCGGGGCGCCUGCUGAGGGGUAGCUGAGCGGCCGGUGGAGGCUUCUCGGGCAGCCAGUGCCCCCGCCGCGUGGUCUCAGUGGGCUUCUCUUCGGUUCCCCGCAGCCAGCGCGGCGGGGGCGGCCCGGCCCAGCGGCACCUGCUGCCGAGGGACCCGCGCCCGCCAGGUGCUCGUGAUGGGGCUCAUCUUCGCUAAACUGUGGAGCCUCUUCUGUAACCAAGAACACAAAGUAAUUAUAGUGGGACUGGAUAAUGCAGGGAAAACCACCAUUCUUUAUCAAUUCUUAAUGAAUGAAGUAGUUCAUACAUCUCCAACCAUAGGAAGCAACGUGGAAGAAAUAGUUGUGAAGAACACUCAUUUUCUUAUGUGGGAUAUUGGUGGUCAGGAGUCGCUGCGGUCAUCCUGGAACACGUAUUACUCAAACACAGAGUUCAUCAUUCUGGUUGUUGAUAGCAUUGACAGGGAACGACUAGCUAUCACGAAAGAAGAAUUAUACAGAAUGUUGGCUCACGAGGAUUUACGGAAAGCCGGGGUCCUUAUCUUUGCGAAUAAACAGGACAUGAAGGGGUGCAUGACAGCAGCUGAAAUCUCCAAAUACCUCACCCUUAGCUCCAUUAAGGAUCACCCAUGGCACAUUCAGUCCUGCUGUGCUCUGACGGGAGAAGGGUUAUGCCAAGGUCUGGAGUGGAUGACUUCCCGGAUUGGUGUGAGAUAACUUUUUUGCUUGAAAGAGACUGCUCUAUUUAUUCUGUGACAUGAACAUUUUUUCCUAGUACUUUGGCUGCUAAGGCAGCAGCAUGUUUAAUUUAUAACAACACAAACCUCUAUGAGCAACACUUGAAUCAAGUGCAGCUGAACUGGAACAUAAAAGAUUUUUUCUUAACUUUUUUUUUAAUGCACUAAUCUUCAGUUGGAUGAACAUAAUGUGUAACUGUGUUUUCAGCAACAGGAUUCUUCUGACUGCUUAUUCUAAUUAUUCAGUGACUGCCUUGUAAGAAAUGUUUGUCAUAUGUUUAAUGUUUUCUGAAGUAUGGUAAUAACUUUAAUGACCAAUUUCUUUCAUUUCCUGACCACCCCUGCCCCCACCAGAUAAUUAACUGGUCUGACAGUGUAGUAGUGGAAAUCAUCAGGUAGUGCUUGCAAACUUAACGAGCACUGAAGAUUUGCUUCCUUUGUAAACCACGUAUCUUUUGGACAGAAUUUAUUAUAAAGAAAUCUGCCUAGAAGAUAUAUAUAAGAAAGAUUAAACAUCACGAGAACUGCCUUUAAGUGAGUUAGCUUCCCCCACAUUAUUGCAAGUCAUGGAAUAAUUUUAAGCUACUAUUAGCGUGGAAAUUAAGUAGGCUAUUUAUCUAAAAGAAUUAAAUUCACUUUUCUGCCUGCAACAUGGGGUUAGUUUUGGUUAAAAACUAAUCAAGGUAAAAUAUUGAUUGGUAAAAUAGUGAUUUGAAGGUCCAACUUUGAUAAUAAAUAUUUUGGAUAAAUCUGGUAUUUUAAGAAUGUCACAUUAUUCAAUGCACAUAAUAACUGUCAGAAGUUAUUAAAGCAUACCAGCACUAAUACUAAAACAAGACACUUGGAAUAUAUUUUAGUAUCAAUUACAAAUGUAUUUAUCAGCAAAACGUUCCACUAUUCCAUUUGCAAGGGACAUCACAUCUGUUUUGGGCGUUAGCUAAAGCAGAAGUAUAAACAGUUCAUUUUAUUUCUUAAAAUUGGAAAUUGUGUCUGUAAUAGUAUUUCUACCACCAGCAGUAUAUUACUUAAAAAACCAUGUGACUUUCCUUAAAUCUAUUUGAGGUUGUAGUGUAAUAGGCUUGAAACAAUUGCUAUCUUUGUGGUUAUGCCUCUUGUUGUAAAAUCUUUUGCUGGAUUCUAGGAAACUGCUGAAUUUAAUCCUAGCUUUUACAAUAUUACUGUGAUACUCAAAGUUAAUACACUAAUGACUUAAAAAAUAUUUAGGAAGAAAAAGUCAUAAUCUAUCAAAAGUUUAUUUAUUGGAUAGCAUUAAAAAAUUUUCAAGACAGUUUUCUAAUGUGAACAAUUAAUAGUGUGUACCUUAAGAGGGAGGACAAGUAUUAUAAUUUUGAUCCUCUUUAUUUCAAAUGUAUCAUUUUGCUAUAAUGAAAGGGAUAAAAUGCUUACUUAGAGAAUAAUACUUCAUUUUUGCAGUAUUUGUUUUCAUUUGGGUCAAAAAUAGGAUUCAGUGUUCAUAAGACUAUCAAAACACCUGUUCAAAAAUGGAAUUUUAAUUUUAAUAUUUUUUAUUGUAAGUUUAAAUUUUGCUCUGUUUUCAGGUAUACUUGAUUUCUUAUAUUUAGUCUAAUUAGUUGAAUGUGGUAACAUUUUUCUGAUUUCUAUUUAGUGGUAGCACACUCUAGGACUGAGAAAUGGCCAGAGGAAAGUUUUCUGGAGUUUGGGAACUAGUUGUUUAUUAACCUUGUUUUGAACCUUUUUCUUUGUAAUUCUGUACCAGGUAGAGGAUAAAUUUUGUUUUUAAUAUAACCCUUAAUCAAGAACAUGGGAGAAAAGCAGACAUAAAUCAAUAUGGAUGCUUUGUGGUGUGUAUGUGGUGGUGGGGUGGGGAGUAGGAGGAAUUAUGAAAAUAUCAUUUACCUAAAGCACACUUUGCUGGAAUUUCUAUCUUUGUUGUGUGGUUUAGCCAUAAAUUCUGAGGAUAAUUCUCUUAACUCUGUCCUGAGAAGAAGCAUAUUUAAUACUCCUGUAUUCGUUCUUAUUAUGAAAUUUGUCGUCUUGUAUCUAGUAGGAUUGGCUGGCUCAAUUUUCUUCUAUCAAAUUAUAUGGUUAUUUUUUAUAUUACCACAUCAGCAUUAUAUUGAAAGUGUUUUUAAUAGUUGAUUGUAUUUUGUCAAACAACUACUAGUAUAGACUCAAGUUUGCUAUUUAAUUUUUAAAACACAAUUUUUUUUAAUUUUCUAAAUCCUUUUUAAAACACGUUUUGUUAGUUUUGGAUUAGAAAUGCUUUAUGUAGCUGUGUGUUGAAGAUGAAAUUGGCAUUCAGCUAGAUUUUGUGCCAACAAUUGAGAAAAGUUCAGUUAGGAAAUUCAUGUGAGAAUUUUUAAAAGUAUUUUAUAGGUUCUC